AUGACGACCCUCUUCUAUCGAUAUCUUCACACACUUUCAUCCUCACCACCUUCUAAAUCCUCCAUUAUAACCUACCUCACACAAACCCUAGGUUUUCCAAAACCCAGAGCCGUAUUCUUCGUCAAUCGAUUUUCAUCCACCCAAACAAACCCUCAAUCCGUCAUCCUCUUCUUAAAAUCUCACGGAUUCAACCUCACAGAUAUCCACAAAUGGGUAACCCAAUCGCCCCAGAUCCUCUUUUCAGACGUUGAAAAAACCCUAAAAUCAAGAAUCCAAUUUUUCCAAGAUUUAGGGCUCGCCGGUCCAGAUUUGGGUAAGUUUAUUUCCAAAAACCCGGUUUAUUUAUCCAACAGAUUUGAAGAAAGAUUGAAACCCUGUGUGGAUAUUGUAAAAAGAUUGAUGCUUGAUGAUCAUAACAAUGAGAAUUUGAUUAGAACUUUGAGAAGGUGUAAUUGGGUUGAUAUAAAGCAGCCUGUGGUUAGAGUGUCUGCUAAUGUCAAGUAUUUGGAACAAUGUGGGAUUGUUGGUGCACAGCUUGCUACUGUUAUAACAAGGCAACCUAGGUUGUUGAUUAUGAGUGAGUCAGAUCUUAAAGAGCUUGUAUCCAAGGUGUUGGAUAUGGGGUUUUCGAUUGAUAAUCGGAUGUUGGUUCAUGCUAUUUAUACUGUUAGUUGUUUGAGUGAUAAGACAUUUGAAAGAAAGUUGGAUUUGUUUCGGUCGUAUGGGUUCACGAAGGAUGAGUUUUUGAGUAUGUUUAAGAAGGCGCCUGGGUUGCUUAGGGUAUCGGAAGCGAAACUGAAAACCGGGAUUGAUUUUUUUGUGAAUACGGUUAAGUUUGAAAGGGAAGUGUUGGUUCGUCGGCCCUCGUGUUUGAUGCUUAGUUUGGAGGAAAGAGUGAUUCCUCGGUUUAAGGUUUUGGAUAUUAUGAUGUCGAAAAAGAUUUUGAAGAAAAUGCCGAAGUUUCUUAAUGUGAUGUGGUUGCCUGAAGAUGAGUUUUUGGAGAAAUUUAUAUCUAAAGAUAGAAAUCAUGCCGAGGAGUUGUUGUUGGCUUACAAAAGUGGCGAUUUGCUUUUGCAGCGUGAAUGA